AUGGCUGCGUCGGGGGAGCUGGACCAGGACACGGUGCUCCGCUUCCUGGCAGAGCGCGGAGGCCGGACUCGCAACGCCGACCUGUUGGAGCAUUUCCGUGGCUUCCUCAUCUCGCCGGACCCCGACAGUCGCGCCCGGGCCCGCGAGCACUUUAAGCAGCUGGUCAACGCCGUAGCCACGGUGCGGCAGGAGCCCGGCUCUGGGACCAAGUAUGUGCAGUUGCGCAAGAAAUAUCGCGGCACUGCCGGCAGUCGCAAAUCCGAAGCAACGACGACGGCGGCGGCGGCGGCCUCCUCUCCAACCGAGAACGGCUCCGGGACUGUCGGGCACCCCCAGGACACGCCGCGUCCCCCUGGCGCUCCUCGCGGCGAAGGCGACGGCGACGGCGGGGACAGCCAGGAUGGAGGAGCGGCCCGCGAAGAGAAAGCCGGCGCCGAACCGCUGAAGGGAGAGAGAGUGGCGAGAGGGGAUCCCUCUGCCGCCUCUGGAGAGCUGCCGCCCGAGGAGAGCGACGCCGACGCCGCCACCUCAACCUCAGAAGCACCGCCGGAGCCGCUUUCACCCCGAAUCCCCCAGGCACCUCUGGCGAGCCCAGACAGCCCGGGAGAAGGAGGAGGCGGCGGCGGCGGCGGCGGCUGCCGGGAGGAACAGCAGAGCAGCCCGCGGCGCCUGGAGGCGGUCCCGAAGCCCUCGGGCGAUGCCGAGCCUGAAGAGAAGCCCGGCGGAGGCACCGUUGAGGCCUUGCUCGAAGAAGACUCGCCGCCCUCCGCCAGCCCGGCUGUCGGCGCCCCGGCGGGCGGAGCCUCUGCCGGCGCCAACACACCCAGGUGUGGGCAUAAAAUCUUCCGGGAGCGGAUGCUGGGCAGUUCCCCUCAGCAGAAGCGCGGCGGGCUCCUGCACCGCGGCGGCAGCAGCAGCGGAGGGAGCCGCGGCGGGGCGGACUCGGACAGCGGCUCCCUGGCGUCUUCGUCGGCCGAGGACGAGGGCGGCAGCGGCGGCGGGGGCUCGGUGGCCUUGGACCCGUUGGAGCACGCCUGGAUGUUGUGCGCUUCGGACGGCCGCUGGGAAAGCCUGGAGAGUUUGCUGAGCUGCGAGCCGGCGCUGUUGCCCAAGCGCGAUUUCAUCACGGGCUUCACGUGCCUGCACUGGGCUGCCAAGCUGGGCCAUCCCGAGCUGCUGGCCAGGCUGGUCAACUUCGCCCACCGGCAGUGCCUGCCCGUCAACAUCAACGCGCGCACGAGCGGCGGCUAUACCGCGCUGCACCUGGCCGCCAUGCACGGCCACUUGGAAGUGGUGAAGCUGCUGGUGGGCGCCUACGACGCCGACGUUGAUAUUCGGGAUUACAGCGGCCGCAAGGCCUCGCACUACCUGAGCCGGGGCACCGCCGAGGAGGUGCGCAGCCUCGUCGGGGCUCUGCAGGAUGAGGUCGACAGCGGGGCGUCCAAUGGCAGCAGCCGCUGGAGACUUUCCAGGGUGCUCCCCUCUAACCUCAUUACUUACAAGCUUUCCCACCACCAUCACGGGGAUGAAAGGGAAUCGGGAGAGGGGUCGGCGGCAGCCAGCAAGAACAAAGAGCUCAGUAGAAAAAGCUCUGGCAGCGGAAGGAUAAAACCCCGACUCAACAAAAUCCGAUUCCAUACUCAAAUCAUCCAUACUACCCCUUCUUUCCGGGGGGAUGCAGAAGAAGAGGAAGACAAGUCCCUGAAAGCUUCCUUCAAGCUCAGACCUAAAUCCAACAUAUUUGGUUAA